AUGGAGAUAGCCAAUUUAGAGGGAACGUGUCUUGGGGAAGACCCUGUUGGCCUUGCUCUGAAUGCAUGUCUUGAUAUGGUUGUCGCACUGAGGAAGGAAAACAGGAAGUUUAAAUUGCGAUCUUCGGGCGUUGCAUUAAUCCUCGGGGGUGGCGGUGACGAAUACUAUAGUAAUUCUGACUUGUAUCAAGUUGAUGGACAAACCGGGUUCAUGUUAAACGAUCGAGCAGAUCCUCUGAUAAGUGACUUUAUAGACGUGAAGGUGAUGUUGACUGGGUUGAAGUCUAUAUAUGCACUUGAUUCAAUUGCAUUUUUGUCUCCUUUUUUGAGGGUGUUGAAAGAGAAAUCGAAUGUGGAACCUUUGAGAACGCUGGCCCUCGAAUCCAUAAAGAGGUUCUAUACUUUCCAACUGAUAAACAAAAACUGUAUUAAUUACGUUCAAUGCUAUCGGGAGACGGUUGCUGUCUUACUUCAACUGAUAACUGAUAUAGCGGGAUAUCAAACCUUUGACGAUGAAACUGAGAUAGAAACCAUCACAGUUUUACAGCAUAUAAUAUCUUUACCCUGUGGGGACUGCUUGACCGAUAUAUUAAUAUAUGAAGUACUGAAAAGGAUAUUACUGAUCGUAUGCAGAAGAAAGGCUUCUCAACACCUAAAGCGGAGAGCAGAGGAGGUUUUAACCAGUAUCACCAUUCAUAUCUACGGCAAACUGAAAUUUAUGAAUCUAACUGCUAUCAAUGACAAAUACAUUGAUGACGAACAGAUUAAGAAAUUUUUUGUUUUUAAAAGAUCAAAUAACUCCAGUGAAUUUGACCUCACCGAGGAAAUAGUCAACAAUGAAAGUCAAGAAUCUUUAUCCUCUGAAAAUGUUAUGGAUACGCCAAAUUACGGCUUACCAGUGAUCAUCAAUUAUUUAACAUUGCUUCUCUCGUUGAUUAGUCUUGAUAACAAAACGGAAUAUACGACUCAUACCCAGAUAUUGGGCCUCAAAUUGAUCAACAUAAUCGUAGAGCUGGUGGGGAGACUUUUUUUGAAGCAUCCAAAGCUUUUGAAUAUGAUUUCGGACUCAAUCUUCAAGUGCGUUCUGUCAAUCAUAGACACAAACGAUGAAAAAACUUUGCUUAUUGAACAUGCUCUAAGACUAUUCACAACAAUUGUUCUCUCGAUUGCAUGGUUUAUACCUCGACAAAUAGAGUUAACGCUGAACUCUCUGCUUAAAAAGCUCAAACGAAGUGAGUUUCCCGAAUUAUCAUUGAUUAUCAUCGAACAGUUAUCCGUGCUGUGGAUGCGGAAACCGUCAAUUUUUAUUGAUUUUUUUAUCAAAUUCGAUUGCGAUUUAGAUUUUGAGGACGUUUCAAUAAACUUUUUGAAAGUUAUGUGCACAUUGGCUGCUCCUGAGAGUAAUAUCAAUGUUUCCACUUUUGCAUUGGAUGGUAUGAUCACAUUUAUCAACGCCAUACAUACUCAGAUUGAAGGCCUUGAUAAGCUACAACUUGAGCAUGCGCCACCAAAUAAGGUUUUGAUGAACCGUAACAGAAAAACUGAAUUUAUUGACUGUAUUGAGAAAUUCAAUGAAAAUUCCAAAGAAGGUAUAGAGUUAUUGAUUGAAAAUAAAUUCAUACCUCACAACAACGAAGAUGAGAUUGCAAAGUUCCUGUUUGCGAAUAAUGGCCGUAUGAAUAAAAAGCAAUUGGGUCUUUUGAUAUGCAAACCAACCAAUGUGUCUCUGCUGGACAAGUUCAUGUCUAACUUUGACUUUAGGGGUCUCAAAAUUGAUGAAGCACUGAGGGUUUUAUUGACCCGGUUUAGACUACCUGGUGAAUCGCAGCAAAUUGAAAGAAUCAUUGAAUCAUUUUCGAAAUACUAUGUGGAAGGUCAGAAGUAUGAUGAAUAUCUACCACACCAUAACGAUGUAGCAAACAUUGAGCAUUCUGCUGUGAGACCAGAUUCCGAUUCCAUCUUCGUCCUGAGCUAUUCCAUAAUUAUGCUGAACACUGAUUUGCAUAAUCCUCAAAUAAAGGAGCAUAUGUCGUUUGAUGAGUAUUCUAGCAACUUGAGAGGUUCCUAUAAUAAGGGGGCAGACUAUCCAAAAAGUUUUUUGAACAAAAUAUACUGUUCGAUCAAAGACAAAGAGAUUGUAAUGCCAGAGGAGCAUCACGGGAAUGAUACAUGGUUUGAUGAUGUCUGGAAUAAUCUCAUAUCCUCAACUACUGUGGUCACAGAGGUACCAAAGUUUCAUACUGAUGACUUGCUUCACUUCACUUCUUAUGAGAUAGCACAAUUUGAGAGUGUGCUCUUUAAGCAAGUUGGAAGCAGCAUUAUCUCCAAAUUAUUCAAUAUGCUUGAAACGGCCAAUGAAGACGACACCAUUGUUGCAUUGAUAGGUAUAAUAGAACGCUGUUUUAAAUUGACCCAAUUUUUCGCAGACAGGGAUUUGUUCAAUGAAAUUGUUCAAAAUUUGGGAAAACAGACACUUCUAAUGAAACCUUGCCGUGCUGGAGAAGAAAACGGCAAUAUGAAUGAAGAUAUCAUAGAUUAUGAUAAUGAUAAGAACAAAGAGGCAUCGUUGAUUGACGCUAUAGAUGAGGAAACUGGAGAAAUAAGCCCAGUUAGUUUCGUUUCUGUUACUGUAGGACGGUCUUUUAAGGCGCAAAUGUGCCUAGUGCUUUAUUUCAAGAUACUUGGCCAAGUCGCUGGUUUAGGCUGGUUGGAGAUGAGAAAUUGGGAUCAGGCUGUGGACAUUAUUUUGAGGCUAUACGAAAAGAGAAUGGUUCUGUACAACAAUUAUUUUCUUCCCCAAGAAAAACUGGAGAAAAUAUCUUCGUUAACUCCGCUAGGGCUUCCUCCAGCUGAUAUGUCGUUUGAGUGCUCGGUUAGCAGUAACAGGAGCAUAUUGUCCACUUUUGCCUCAUAUUUGAAAGGUAACGAGCCAAGCAAGGAGGAAAUCUUAAAAACAAAAGGGGCGCUCGAUUGUAUCAAACUGAUAAAUUUCAACUCAGCUGUGUGGAAUAAUAAAUAUAUCGUUACGGGAGACACUUUACUCCAAGUAAUAAGCUUACACUUCCCCAAAAAACAAACUGUCUUCAAUUUCAGAUAUUUCGAGCAUGAGUUGCUAUUUUUAGUUGAGCUAAUGAUUGAUCUGAUGGUAAAGCAUGACCAAGUUGAGAGGGUUAGCUUUACACUCUAUGAAAAAGUGUGUUCCCUAUACAAAACUGAGGGAAUGAAACGCGCCACAUAUCGAAGGUUAAUGAAUUAUCGUGUAAUUCUUCUCUCCAUCACACCUAAUCUCCAAGAAACGAAGCUUGUAUCAGAGGAGAUUUUACAAAGCAACGAACUUUACAGUAAGAAGUACUUUGAAAGUACGGACGGAUUUGCAUUAUGUAACAACUUUUUGGAAAGUUGUCGUGGAGACACCGAAACGUCGUGGAAGCUGCUACCAUUGAUGACUAACAAAGCUACGAUGACGUAUAUCCACAAACAUGUUCUCCUGCAAUUAAAUGCCCAAAACUUUUUCGACUUUAUUGAAAUGAUCUCUGCUCAGGGCCGGUCAGAGAUUGACUUCGUUGUGGGAAUACUUGGCGGUAAAUGUAAAAUUGCGCAGGAAUUGACGCUAGACAUGUUCAUCAAAAUGUUACAAGUUGUUAUUUCAAAGAUCAUUACACCUAAAGAGGACACGCAUGACAUUUUUAAGGCACUUAAAGAGAAUUUAACGGGUGACACUAGUUUGUUGAGAAGUUUUUCACCUCAAGCUGUAAAACAGAUCAAAGAAUCGAUUGAGUCAGUAGUAGAAAAGAACACGCAGUUACAGGAGUUGAUUCUCGUAUUGGAGGAGUUUAAAUGA